CUUCCAAUUCCAACUUCAACUCUCAUAACCCUAAAUCAGAUACUUCUUAAGCACGUUGCAAGAAUUAGAAUCUUCAGAGACAUGGCAAUUGGGUUCAUGGAGGUGCAGCUUGUGAAAGCAAAAGGCCUGCGAGACACUGAUAUCUUUGGUAAAAUGGAUCCCUAUGUUCUGAUACAAUACAAAGGCCAAGAGAAGAGGAGUGGUGUCGCUAAUGGCAAAGGCAAAAAUCCGGUAUGGAAUGAGAAAUUUAUCUUCAAAGUAGAAUAUCCUGGAUCAAGCAAUCAACACAAGCUCAUCCUCAAAAUUAUGGAUAAAGACUUAUAUACAGACGACUUCGUCGGAGAAGCAAUAAUCCAUGUAGGGGAUUUAUUGGCCCAAGGAGUAGAGAACGGAGGAGCCAAAUUACAGACUCUCAAGUAUAGAGUGGUUCGUGCUAACAAGUCUUAUUGUGGUGAAAUUGAUGUUGGUGUUACUUUUACCCGAAAGGUGGAAGACAAAUUUGUGGAAGAAGACAUAGGAGGAUGGAAAGAAAGUGACCACUAUCUAUUGUAGAUUAGCGUGGCUAACAUAUAAAAACCAUGUGUAAAUUGGAAGUAGUUUUGGAUUGUCAUUGUGUAACAUAUUUAAUCAUUUUCAGUGUCAUAUUAUUUCAUUCUUUGAUUCUAUUUUACAAGCAUGAGCCAGAUGCAUUUAACAAACAGUUGUAUUAUCAAAUUAAUUUGUUCUAUUCCUAUAAUUUAUACUUUUUAUUUUAUUCUCA